UGUGCUAACGCGAGGACCUGAUCGCUUAUGAGUUGUGAGCUGUGGAGUGACUAGGGUUGUACUUCUAACCUUUCCCAGAAGACAAGAGAAGAGAGGCUCGAAUUCACUCUCCUUUGCCUCCCGCCCACUGCUUUGCGCUCACUACCACACCCGCACUCUCUCUCUCCCUCAAAACUCAGAAACAAUGCCUCCAAAAGCCUCGAAAUCGAAGGAAGCACCUGCAGAGAGACCCAUUCUUGGUCGAUUCUCAUCUCACCUCAAGAUUGGAAUUGUUGGAUUGCCAAAUGUUGGCAAAUCGACUCUUUUCAACACGCUGACAAAACUCGCAAUACCUGCUGAAAACUUUCCCUUUUGUACCAUUGAGCCCAAUGAGGCCCGGGUUAAUGUCCCCGAUGAGCGGUUCGAAUGGCUCUGCAGCUCCUUCAAGCCGAAGAGCGAGGUUUCAGCUUUUUUAGAGAUCCAUGAUAUAGCUGGACUGGUGAAAGGUGCUCAUGAAGGACAAGGGUUGGGCAACAAUUUCUUAUCUCAUAUACGAGCAGUUGAUGGCAUUUUCCAUGUUUUACGUGGAUUUGAAGAUCCAGAUAUCAUCCACGUUGAUGACUCCGUGGAUCCUGUAAGGGAUUUAGAGACUAUUAGCGAAGAAUUGCGGCUAAAGGAUAUUGAAUUUAUGGAAAGGAGAGUAGAAGAUCUUGAGAAAAGCAUGAAGAGGAGCAAUGACAAGCAGUUAAAAAUAGAGCAUGAGCUCUGUCUAAAGGUCAAAGCAUGGAUUACUGAAGGAAAAGAUGUCCGUCUUGGGGAGUGGAAAGCUGCUGAUAUUGAGAUAUUGAAUACUUUUCAAUUGCUUACUGCAAAACCAGUUGUGUACCUGGUUAACAUGAAUGAGAAAGAUUACCAAAGAAAAAAGAACAAAUUUUUGCCCAAGAUUCAUGCUUGGGUACAGGAGCAUGGGGGUGAACCAAUUAUUCCUUUCAGUGGUGUGUUAGAGAGGAAUCUUGCUGAUAUGCCAGAAGAUGAAGCGGCAAAGUACUGUCAAGAGAACAAUGUUCAAAGUGCCCUUCCAAAGAUCAUAAAGACUGGUUUUUCUGCAAUUAAUCUUAUAUACUUCUUCACUGCAGGACCUGAUGAGGUCAAAUGCUGGCAAAUUAGAAAGCAUACAAAGGCUCCCCAAGCUGCGGGGGCAAUCCACACUGAUUUUGAGAGAGGAUUCAUUUGUGCUGAGGUAAUGAAAUUUGAAGAUCUAAAGGAACUUGGUACUGAGGCAGCUGUAAAGGCGGCUGGGAAGUAUAAACAGGAGGGUAAAACCUAUGUGGUUCAAGAUGGAGACAUAAUAUUUUUCAAGUUCAAUGUUUCCGGGGGUGGGAAGAAGUGAGAUACGCUUUCAAUAGGCCAUUUAAAUUAUUAUUUUGUUGAACUAGAUAGUGUUCUGAGUUUAUAUUACUUGUAAGCUUUUGUAACCAAGAAAGGGAAAAAUAGAUAACAUACUUGUCUUCCGGUUUGCAGUUUGUUUAAAACUUAUUUUUGUUAAGUAAAAGUUUUGUAAGAGUUUGAUACAUAAAGCAAUUGACUGCCAACUUCUAAGA